UCUGCUUAUGAAGAGAAAACACUUGUUAGAAACAUGUUCUGAUGAAUGUUUUUCUUCAACAGUAUGUGAUUUUGAUAGGGAGUUUUCCAAUAACAAUGAAGAAAUUGCUAACAAAAAUGACGAUUUAAUUUGUAUUGCCUCAAUAGAUGCUACUGAGUCUUCACUAACAAAAAAAUUAAAAUUAACUAACAACAAUAAAACUACAAAUAAUUCUUGGCCUCCACCUUUUCUUGGAAAUGGUCUUUAUCUUACCAAAAUAGAUUGUCUUCCCCCAGAAACUAAUCAAAGAGCACUUUCUCUUUUUGAAUUAAUCCGUCAAAUUCGCCCAAUUGCUUCGAUUCAUUUUAGUUUUUGUAUUGAUCCUGGAUGGGUUAUAAAGCAAUAUUCUCGAAGUUUAAGAAACAAUCCAAUAUCUUUUAUUGUUGCUGGUGCAGUACUUCCAUUCCCUUUCGGGACUCAUCACACAAAGCUUUCUUUGUUUGAAAGUGAACAUUCAUUGCAUGUAGUGGUGGGCACUGCGAAUUUAUUGCCCCAAGAUUGGGCCUUUAAAACACAAAUGUUUUAUCAUUUUGCGGCACCAUUUACACAAGAAUCAAGACCGUUAAUAACUAUAGAUGCUGAGGAUAUUGAAACAAAAGAUACGGGCCAAAGUUUUCGUGAUGAUCUUGUUGAAUAUUUGAGAGUUGCUUACCCAAAAAGGUGUGGUAACGCAUAUAAACUUGUUUCUUACUGGAUAGAGCGUAUAAUUGGUGGGCAAGCUGACUUUAGCAAAUGCAAAGAUCGUUUGAUUGCUUCCGUUCCUGGGAGAUUUCAGAAAAGCAACGGUACUUACAGCAAAUUUGGCCAUUUAAAAUUGCGCGAAUCUUUGUCUUCUAAAUUUACUCCAAAAGAAUUACAAACUUUAAAAACAUUUAUUGGCCAAUUCAGUUCUAUCGGUUCACUCGGAGCUAAAGCAGAAACUUGGUUAUCUGAUGAAUUUUUGUGUAGUCUUUCUGGUUCAAAUAGUUUAUUACCACCUUCUUCUCUUAAAUUAAUUUAUCCAACAGUCGAAAAUGUCAGACAAUCAUUAGAAGGGUAUGCUGCUGGGUUUUACCUUCCAUAUUUGUUCAAAAAUCAUAUAAGACAAAAUUAUUUGUUAAAUUUUUUUCAUCAAUGGAAAAGUGAUAAACACGGAAGUUAUGCUGGUUUAGAUGAAAAUUCUAAAGUUAAUUGGAUUUUAAUGAGUAGUGCAAAUCUUUCUACUUCUGCUUGGGGAAAAUUGGAAAAAUGUGGAGAACAAUUGUUUAUUCGUUCUUAUGAAUUAGGUGUUCUUUUAUGUGAAAAAGAUCAUCCAGAAGGUUUACUUUUGCCUUAUGAUUUACCUUUACAAAAAUACGAAUCCACAGACCAGCCCUUCGUUCAAGAUAUUAUUUAUCCAAAAUUACCACCAGAUUCAUUUGGUUUUCAAGGUUCUUGUGAAGUUCGAGAAGCAUCAAAAUAA